AUGGAUAAAUCAGAUGCCAAGGAUAUGACAAUGAUGGAGAAGAAGAAGAUUGAUAAGUUAAAUAAGUUGACUGGACGAAGGGAUUCAAUUGCCAAGAUAUCAUCAUUAUUGAACCCAAGAACACCAGAAGAGGCUAAACUUUGUUCACAAAAGUUAGAGACAAACGAGAAGCUUACAAAUAUCUUUGGUCAACGUCCUCAAUGUUCA